UUGACGAUUCGCUCACUUUCGAAAUUCAACGAACAAACAAAGCUUCCAAUAAUCGUAAAAAAUAAUUAAAUCCUAAAACUCCAAAAUUCACAUUAAAACUUUCCCCAUUUUCCUCAAAUUUUCUCGGCAACCAAACACACAGCUCGAGGUUAGAAAACAUCCUUACUAUAUUCACUUCCCUGAGGUUCCUUCUGUUUGGCGAACACGAUGAUCAGCUUGUGAUUAUGUCAGAACGCAAUUGAGGAAAUUAGGGUUAGCGACUCAAUACAAUGCGGUUGUUUCCUUUGAGCUCAAGCCCGACCUCAACCUCGACCUCGAGCACACAGAAGGAGAAGACUGAUCGGAAAAAAAAUCGCGCCCUUUUGUACCUCAAUGUCUACGAUCUCACGCCUGUAAAUAACUACCUUUACUGGUUUGGAUUUGGGAUCUUCCACUCCGGCAUCGAAGUUCAUGGCUUGGAGUAUGGAUUUGGAGCCCAUGAGUAUCCUAGCAGUGGGGUUUUUGAGGUGGAACCAAGAAGUUGUCCUGGCUUCAUCUUCAGAAGGUCAGUCCUGUUGGGCAGCACUGAUAUGUCUCGCUCAGAAUUGCGGUCAUUUAUGGAGCACCUUUCUGGAAAGUAUCAUGGUGAUACUUAUCAUUUAAUUGCCAAGAAUUGCAACCAUUUUACUGAUGAGGUCUGUAUGCGGCUAACUGGAAAGCCUAUACCAGGAUGGGUAAAUCGGCUGGCCAAAGUAGUUUCAGGUUCUUUCUGUAACUGUCUUCUGCCAGAAAGCAUUCAAAUAGCAGCAGUGAGACAUCUUCCUGACCAUCCUGCAUAUUCUGGUGAGGAUGAUGAUGACGACGGAUCAGAAUCCAUCGCAUCAUCUGGAACAGAAGGAAGUGAAGAGGGGCCAAAUCAUCAUCUGCUGACUACACCAGCAGGUGAUGUAGCUUUCCUGAAGGAAAAACCCGUGAGUUUAGCAAGGGAACAUUAAUUUCUUCCCCUCAUUGAAUUUGGGUUGUCUUGUGUCUGUGUUUGUACUUAAUAGUCUAAUGAUUCUGAAUGUAUCACAAAACAUGUCUCUGGCGAUAGUUUUUGGCAUAAUGAUGAUGCUUGAGAUUUGUCUGCUGCCCUGUAUCGUUAAAAAUGUACGAGUAUUGUAUCUGAACUAUCAUUCGAAAACGUACAUUCGGUAUAUUUUGAUCCUGUAUUUAAUACAAAUUGUACUUAAUAUACGCUGUU